AAAAAAAUAGAAAUUGGCAAUGGCGUCGAAAGGAAUUGCGGAUGCGUUCAAGGAAUUAGCUGUCAUUGUGAAUACGCCUGGUUUGGACGUGCCUGUUAAGAACUUCUCUGAUGCUUGCUCUCGCUUUUUCGUCUUAUUUAAAGUCCUCAAAACAGGAAUGUUUCCAAGGUUUGCAGAGAUAGACUAUGUUACCAAGGUGAACGAUCUUGCUGAGGCGUCGAACUUAACACCGACAUUAGACCUAAUGGUUGACAGAGAUAUAGAGGCAAACUGUGUAAGGAAAGUUGGCAGUCAUACAAGAAACCUUUUGCGGAUAAAGCGUAGUCUUGAAAUGAUGAGAGUUAUGUGCGAAGUGCUAUUAGACACUGAAUCUGAUAACUCCCUAAGGGAUGCAACAUUCACGGCUUACAAUCAAGUGUUUGCUCCGCACCAUGGCUGGGCUAUUCAGCAGGCUGUUGCUACAGGAAUAGGGUCUCUUCUUCCCAAGACUCUACUAUCUGCAAUGUUCAAUGAAACUGAGGAAACGUUUAAGAUCCAUGCUCAAAGCUACGUUACUGCAUCAGCAUCAGUAACCAAUUAUCUUGACAACCUCUUCCUCUCCAAGAACCUUGGUAUUGAUUGGUGAAGAUUCUGUAAACUUACAUGGCCUAGGCCAAUUUUAUACACCAUG